CGCAGUAAGCUGCUGUAAACCGUGCACCGCGCACACACUGUCAAACGGUCGUUCGUACUCUGGAAUCAGAUGUGAAAAUAGUUUCCUGCAGAUCCAUCAGAGACGGUGGUGAGAGAAUCUCUUCUGCUGUGUAUUCUGUGAUACGGUGAUACGGAGAAACGUCCUGUUGUCUUGGGCCUCAACUGUUACAAAUCCAUUCCAUCGGUCGGUUUCGUCCUUCAAGUGCGCACAGAAUAUAUAUCUUUUUAAGGAUCACCUUUCUCGGCUAGUGUUGAAGGCUAAUAAGUGCGAAGAUGGAUAGUUUCUUGGGAAGUUCGGAUAGUGGUGUUCCAAAGGACUUGGGUGAAAUGUCGAAGGAACAAUUCGGUGACCUCAUAACGGACCACUCCCGUUUUCCUGGUGGCGAAGAAAAAACAGACAUUUCACAAAAAUUUCCAUCCGAGGUAGAUCUGUUGGGAGAUUCUUUUACGUUGCCCUCUGCCACUCAUACUGCGCCGGACAAUAAAGUGCUGGAGAAAGAAAAAGAAAACUUUGAUGAUUUCUUUAUGGGGGUAGAUAAAAAGUCCAAUUCCGAGGCCGCUGCAGCAUCCUCGAUUAGUAAUCUUAUUGAUGUGGGUGAACCCGAUAUGUUCGAACCAAAGAAGAAAUUUAACAACGAACCAGAGAAAUCCCUUUUUACCGACUCGACUCCAUUUGGUGCCGGGUCGGAUGAGCUGGUGCAUGUAAAGGACGAAAUUGAAAGUGAUUACAUGAACCCGUACGCCGAGGUUCGUCCUACUCCAGUGCAAAGUCAGAAGGUAGAAGAACAACCAGCUGUUCCGCCGUCAUCCACCAACCAGGAUGAUUUAUUCGAUGAUUUUGUUAGUCACACUAAGAAAAAUGAUCUAUUCGAUGAGCCCAUGUUCGCUGAUUCAUCAUCGUCAGCUGCUGUGGUCCCGGCUGUUGUAGCCCCCGUAGCUCCAGCCCCGGCAGCCGUCGUUACUCCAGCUCCGGCUCCAGCUCCUCCUGUGGUAUCAGCACCACCGCCGGUUGAGCCACCCAAAGCGAAGACCCCCGUUGAGGAUAAACCAAAGGCACCACCGGCCGCCGCCGCUCCAGCUUCAUCUUCUAAGGCAUCCACUUCCAACGACCAGUGUAUUCAAGCUGAGAAAAUAUUCAAACAGUUCGGUUUAGAUGCUUGGUUCAAGCCGGAAAAACUGCACCCAGUCGUGGAAUCCCUGAUCUACUGGCGCGAUGUGAAGAAAUCGGGUGCCGUGUUCGGCGCCGGCCUCACCAUCCUGAUCGCCAUGUCGCUGUUCUCGCUGAUCAGCGUCUUCUCGUACGUGUCCCUGUUGGCCCUGUUCGGUACCGUCUCGUUCCGGAUCUACAAAAAUGUGCUGCAGGCAGUGCAAAAGACCUCCGAGGGACACCCAUUCAAAGAAUACCUGGACACUGAUCUGGCCCUGUCGCAGGAGAAGGUUCAACAGCUGAGCACGGUGGCCGUGGCACAUGUCAACGCCCUGGUAACGGAACUGCGUCGUUUGUUCCUGGUGGAGGACCUGGUCGAUUCCAUCAAGUUUGGCGUGGUCCUGUACUGUCUCACCUACGUCGGUGCCAUCUUCAACGGAAUGACGUGCGUCAUCAUCGCAUUUGUCGCACUGUUCACCUUGCCAAAGGUCUACGAGAACAACAAGCAGUCCAUCGAUGCUUACUUGGAGCUGGUCAGAAGCAAAAUCCUGGAAGUUUCCGACAAGAUUAAGGCUGCCGUUCCUAUCGGCAAGAAGGCCGAAACCGAGAAGGAUAAAUAAGAUGAUGUAGUUUAUAUUUUUAAAAGAACCAUUUUUUAUUUUUUAUUUAUUGAACUAUUAACUACAAUGGGAAGAAUGAAAAUUAACCUAAACGAAAAACAAAAUCGAAUCUUUUAUUCCCACGCAAAUCUAUUGUUUAGAAUGUAUUCGUUUUAUUGCCAAGUACUACCCAUAUGAGUCACAUGAAAUCUAAAUACUUGAACGAUUUAAAUUUAAGCAGAUUACCAACAAGAUUGCGAUAAGAAUGAUGAAUAAAACAGUUUAAGAUUACCUUUCCGUUGCCUUUAUUUUAUCCUCGUGAAUAAUCAAUGGAUCAAUACAAGAGAAAACUCACACUCACACAUAGACAAAAGUAUGCGUAGUAGUAAUAGCUGUAAUAAUCCAAAUAAAAACUCUUUAAAUAAGAGAAAAAUCGAAUGCAAAAUUGAGAUUCACACUCAAUGAAAAGUUUCAACAACAAUUAAAAUUCUUUCGAAGUAUCAUUUUGUGGUCUUGAGAUUGUGGUGAUAACGUAAUUCACUCGCCUACAUCACUCUCACUCACACUACAGAAAUUCACUCAUCGAUCGAAGUCAACACCACAAACUCGGUUUAAAUGUUUAUCAAAACAGAUUAAGUAUUAGCAGAAAAUAUGAAGAAAACAAAACAAAAAAUCACUUAACCAUCGUCGUUAAGGUUUUGGUUAACACCCCGCCUCCGUGUUACAGAAUAAUCGUUUUCUUUACUCUUAUUUUGAGGUUGUGAUCAUAUUGUUUCGUGCGUGUGUUGUUUUCCGUUUUUCCGCAACGAAUCGAGCAAAGUCCAAAACAGAAGCGAAAUCCGCACUCACACACGCGCGCGCGCCGUUGUAGCCGUUACGUUGGUUGAACCAAUUCAAAUAUUUUUGCUAAAAACUGCAAAUCGUGAAAUUGCUUGCGCAAAAACAAAUCCAAUUCGCUUAAAUUUGUGUAAAAUUAUCGAGGCGAGCAAGGCAAGUGGCUAUAUUCAUAUUUGUAAAUGUAUAAUUCGUAUAAGAGUAAGAGCUUGUUUGAAGUGAAGCGUGAAGCAAAAAGCAAAUUACCUUGAAAGAAAAAUGCAACAAAACACGCGGCGUCGAAUCCCUAAGCUAAUUCUGUUGAAACCUGUGCAUUAUUUAAGCAACAUGUGAAAUGCAAGAAAACAUAUAAAUAUCGAAUCUUUUUUCCGUUACUCGUUAUCGUAAGCGUUUGUUUUUAGCCUAAAUGAGCAGAAACCAUUUUUCGAUUCACCUUUUUCUAGAAGUAAAUUGGAGAAGCAAAGAAAAAAAAUCAGUAGCAUGUACCAACACUACAUGAGAGGAACUUCAUAACAAGCACAUACACGAAUGGAAACAAAAAAAAAAAUGCUUAAAGAAAACUUUAUUAUUAUAAUUCAUUAUUGAAGUGCGAAAGUAAGAAGAAACAAAACAAAUAUAUAAGAAUUGUCAUCAAUGCAAAAGAAUGAACUAAUAAAAUGGACGAUGAGAAACUGAA